AUGCUCCGCUCUUCCCGCGACUGCCAUCCACUCCACACAUCACAACCUCACUCCCCCCCCCACUCUUCCCCCCACGCACCGUCCAUCCGCCCUCACGUCAGAUCUGCCGGCCUAGUCACGUGUUGUCACGGAAGGCUUCACUCGCAGUAUUCCCGCGCCAACUUCUCUUCACAUCCCCUUUCUCAUCCCCCCUCCUCUGCAGGCUCCACCCCCUCCUCCCACUUCCCCCUUCUCCCCAACCCCCUUCCCAUUUCCUCCCUUCCAAAAUCCCUCCGUCGCCUGGCUGGCCGACUGCAGGCUGCACGUCCCUCCUUCACUGCACGUAUCUCCUUCACUGCACGUAUCUCCUUCACUGCACGUCCCUCCUUCACUGCACGUCCCUCCUUCACUGCACGUAUCUCCUUCACUGCACGUCCCUCCUUCACUGCACGUAUCUCCUUCACUGCACGUCCCUCCUUCACUGCACGUCCCACGGGCUUCCCCGCCUGCACCCAGCCUCACAUGCCCUCCCUUCCCUCUCCCCAAUCCCCCUCACAUCGUCUCCCUCCCUGCCUCCCUGCAGGCUCCACGUGGCUCUUCAACGCCGUCCGCCUGCUGCUCGCCCACUCGGGCCAGCUGUCGCUCUCCUAUUGGCUGUACUCCAUCUCCGCCAGCAAGCUGCGCGCCAGGGGGCUCUCGCCACUGGGCAGCCGCGGACCUGGGGGUGCGGGGGGAGUGGAUGGGGGGCUUUCGCCAUUGGGCAGGCCCGAACCUGGGGGGGAGGGGAGAGGGGGAGUGGGGAUAGGGGGAGAAGGACGGGGGUCCGCGGAGGAUUUAGGGGGAAGAGGGGAUGGUCAAGGGGUGGGGAGGGAUGGAGGGGAGUGGGGAGGAGUGAGCGUGGUGGUGAAGACACACGAGUGGGUGGAGGGGUGGGAGGUGGGAGAGUGGAGUGGGGUGGUGCUGCUGACUGAGAGGGACGUGUGUGGCGUCGCUGACUCCUACCUCCGCGUCGGCUGGUUACCGCACAGCAUGCCUCCAGCGCUACAGCAGUGCGACCCUCUCCCACCCUCCCCUCUCUCUUUUCCUCAACCUACUGUCUCUCCUGCACUCCUGCAGUCCCAUCAGGGCCACCCGCGCAUCAAGGCGCACAUGCAGGCCUACCUGCACAUCAAGGCGCACAUGCAAUCCUACCUGCGCAACCACCAGCGCUGGAAGCAGCACGCUGCGGCCGUCAUCCCCUUCGCCUCCAUCGUGCCGCCCGGCAGCCCCUCGGAGCUGCUCUGCCUCUCCCACCUCGCUGCACUCCUGGGGCUCACCACCGUGGGAGGAGCGGCACAAGGGCCGGCACAAGGGGUGGCACAAGGGGCGGCACAAGGGGCGGCACAAGGGGCGGCACAAGGAGCGGCACAAGGGGCGGCACAAGGGGCGGCACAAGGGGCGGCACAAGGGGCGGCACAAGGGGCGGCACAAGGGGCGGCACAAGGGGCGGCACAAGGGGCGGCACAAGGGGUGGCACAAGGGGCGGCACAAGGGGCGGCACAAGGGGUGGCACAAGGGGCGCGGAAGGUUCUGGGCUAG